AUGGGAACCGACAAGAGUCCAGGUGCUAUAGCAUCAUCAUCACCACCGUUGUCAACAUCAACAUCUUCACCAGCAAUUCCUCCCAUUGCCUCUCAACUUUCGUCCGUGUCUGCAAAGGAAGAAACGAAGCUCGCCCUCCCACCGAUUCCCUGGCAAUUAGCAAUCAACUCUCCGCCUUCAACGCACCGAACCACCUCACCUUCCAACAUGGAUCCUCGUCCCCAAGGUGGUAACUCUGGCAGCUCAUCUAAUGGCUCUGGAACAAACGGAGGCACUAUCCUCGAUGCCUUCCUCCCUCGCGUCGAGACUCGCGGCCAGGGCGGCGGAAAGCCUUACUCGAGCUCUUCGGGGCAGAGCAAUGGCGGAACCCGAUCGUCAGUCCCGACUGGAAGCUCGUCUUCUGCCAAAAAGGAAUAG